GACACUGCCUCCUGUUCUUCAUAAAUUGGCACCUUCCUAAAGUAAAUCAAGAAGGUUAUCCUCACUCAGCUUGCAUCAAUAUUUAAUUAUUUUCCAUAUUUCUGUCUUUUUUUAAAAUGAGAUUUGGGGCUGUUCUGUGACUGUUACCAAAUUUACCAAUGCACAAAAGUCAGAAUGUAUUUGGAAACUAGGAGGGCUAUUUUUGUUUUUUGGAUUUUUCUCCAAGUUCAAGGAACCAAAGAUCUCUCCAUUAAAAUGGACCACUCUGAAACUAAAGACAUAGGCAAUGCCCCAAGAAUUGAAACAACUGAAAAUACUGCAAAAAUGUACAAACUGUCAACCAUGAGAUGAAUACUCAAUGUGACAAAGCAUCACACAAAAAGAUCAGCAUUUUUCCCAGCUGGGGUUAAAGUUUGUCCCCAGGAAUCCAUGAAGCAGAUUUUAGCCAGUCUUCAAGCAUACUACAGAUUGAGAGUGUGUCAGGAAGCAGUGUGGGAAGCAUAUCGGAUCUUUCUGGAUCGCAUCCCUGACACAGGGGAAUACCAGGACUGGGUCAGCCUCUGCCAGCAGGAGACUUUCUGCUUCUUUGACAUUGGGAAAAAUUUCAGCACCUCCCAGGAACACCUAGAUCUUCUUCAGCAGAGAAUAAAACAGAGUAACUUCCGUGAGAGAAAAGAUGAGAUAUCCACAGAGGAGAUAUUAGGAGAGCCUGGUGAGACCCCUGUGUUUUCAACAGGUGUUGCCAGUGUCUCAGUCGGGCCCUUCCCUUUUGCUCCUGAUGACACACUCCUCAAUGACACCAAGAUGCCUACAAUCGAAGAAGAGAGAGAAUUCUCCGCGGUAGCUGGGGGCCCACUGGAGCAGAAGGUGGGGCUGAGCGUCUCUCUGGCAGACCAGGAGUUCGAGGCAGGGCUCGCUGACUCCUAGUCCCCCCACUACCAGGAGCUGGUGUCAAAGUCUCACCUUCAGAUGCGAAAGGUAUUUAAGAAACUUCCAGGAUUCAAAGAAAUUCAUGUGUUAGGAUUUGGACCCAAGAAGGAAAGAGAUGGUUCCAGCUCCAUAGAGAUGUGACUUAUGGCCACCUUUACGAGAGACAGUGCAGAAGCAAAAAGUCCUGCAAGUGACCUGCUGUUUUCUGAUUCUAACAAAAUUGAAAGUGAAAGAGUCCUUCAUGGGAUGAUGGAGGAGGACAAGCAACCACAAACCUACCUCACAGCUUUAGACCUCAAAAAGCUGAUCAGCAGAGCACUACAGGAAGACAAAUCUUUACAUCUGGGCACAGUUCAGUUUACUGAUGAAAUUGUUGGGUCAUCGCCUGGCUCUGAUCCCAGUGCCCAGUCAAUGAUGCCUGCUCUCUUGGCUGAUAUCACAAAGGAUGCUACUUUGAGUCCAGAACUUCCUCUUGGUCAGCCCAGGCUUGGUACAGUGGACAGAGAAGGACACAGUUUACCUGACAGCAGCAUUAUCCCUCCCUCCAUACAGAGUGUCUCCCUGUCAGACACUCUACCUUUCUUUACUGCAUCAAGCAAUUUCUCCGUGACUGGUCAAAGUGCCACAGACAUAAUGUCCAUUGACCAGACAGUACUGAUCCCAGGGCUAACCAUCCCCAUUGAUAAUUAUUUGGCCAUCAGCCAAUCGGCUCUGGAAAUUUCACAUUUGCCCGCAUCUUCAGAAGACAGCAGGUUGAGCACAGGCAGCCAAGAUCUAGUCAGAGACUUAGAUGAAAUAGAUCUAUCUAACACUCCUGCCUCCUCUGAGGUACCAGGAUUCAGUGGCUAUGUUUCCACCCCAGACCAUUUCUUGGAGAAGACCACGCCUGUCCCAGCUUUGCAGUAUAUCACCACCAGCCCUGUGACCAUCGCUGCCAGGGGCCGAGAGCUGGUGGUGUUCUUCAGCCUGCACAUGGCCAACAUGCCCUUCUCUGACCACCUGUUCAACAAGAGCUCUUUGGAAUACCAAGCUCUGGAGCAACAAUUCACACAGCUACUGGUUCCAUAUCUACGAUCCAAUCUUACAGGAUUUAAGCAACUGGAAAUACUUAACUUCAGAAAUGGGAGUGUGAUUGUGAAUAGCAAAGUGAGGUUUGCUGAGUCGGUGCCGUACAACCUCACCAAGGCUGUGCACAGGGUCUUGGAGGAUGUUCGUUCGGCUGCAGCCCAACUACUAGAUCUGGAAAUAGACAGCUACUCUCUCAACAUUGAACCAGCUGAUCAAGCUGAUGCCUGCAAAUUCCUGGCCUGUGGCGAGUUUGCCCAGUGUGUGAAGAAUGAGUGGACUGAGGAAGCAGAGUGUCGCUGCAGACCAGGGCACCUGGACCACCAGCAGGAACGGGGCCUCUGUGCCCCAGGAGAACAAUGUGAGGCCGUCCAGGCAGAGGGAGCUCCGUGCAGGUUAUCAGAUCACUCCCCAAGUCAAGCGCACAGAACUAGUGUCAAAAGGUUUAAACACUGGCAAAAUAACAGGGUAAACUCGAAAAGAAAUUCUGCAUUACUAACUGUAGGAUAUGAAGAAGUUAACUAUCAAGAUUGGGGAAGGAAGUUAAAAGCUGUAAAUGUACAUAUUAUCAUUUAAUCUAUCUCAAGAGAGAUGGAUUGCUUUCUCAAGGAAAACUGUAUCCACUCUGUCAAAAUUCUGCAAAUUCAGGUGGGCAUCAGGUGUUCGGAAGCCAGGCACACAGUCAACAUUGAGAACCAGCACACAACUGGGUUUCAAACAGAGAAUCCUGCAUGAUGACAGACACAUUCUGAAGAAAAAGAUGCUUAUUUAUCAAAACCUAAAACAAAAUCAGUGAAACCUUGCGGCUACUCCUGGCUCAGAGUGAAGGUAAUAGUAAACCAGGUUUGCUUCCAGGUGCCCUUAAAAUAAUAAUCAUAAAUAAUCAUAGAUCAUUUGCAAGUGCAACGUGUUGGGGUUUUCUGAGGGGGUGAGCAAUGUAUCAGGAAGCAAAUCUCUUCACAUAUUAGAAUGUCCUUAAAAGUUGACCACGUGUGCAAGGAGAUGCCAGUUCCUAAAUGCAUGGAUGUGGACAGUAUGUAAACACCAGUGAGGGUACAUAUGCUCCACACUCCGUGUGUGUAACACACACACACACACACACA